CAUCUUCACAGGUCAGCCGAAAUCAAGACAUACUUUUCCCAUCGAGCUGAGUCUCAACUAAAUUGCCACCAUGAGCACAGACGCUGAAAUGGAGGCGUAUGGCCCAGCAGCCAUUUACCUCCGGAAGUCAGAAAAGGAGAGGAUUGAGGCUCAGACAGCUCCAUUUGAUGCUAAAACAGCUUUCUUUGUGGCGGAUCCUGAUGAGAUGUAUCUCAAGGGGAAACUUGUUAAAAGGGAGGGUGGCAAAGCCACUGUUGAUACGGACUCAGGAAAGACUUUAACAGUCAAAGAGGAUGACAUCCACCCCAGAAAUCCUCCAAAGUUCGACAAAAUUGAGGACAUGGCCAUGAUGACCCACCUCAACGAGCCUUGUGUGUUGUAUAACCUCAAAGAGCGUUAUGCAUCCUGGAUGAUCUACACCUACUCCGGGUUGUUCUGUGUGGUCGUGAAUCCCUACAAGUGGCUGCCUGUGUAUGAUGCUAUUGUUGUAGCAGGAUACAGAGGCAAGAAGAGGAUUGAGGCUCCACCCCACAUCUUCUCCAUCUCUGACAAUGCCUAUCAGUUCAUGCUCACAGAUCGUGAGAACCAGUCUGUCCUGAUUACCGGAGAAUCCGGUGCUGGCAAGACUGUCAACACCAAGCGUGUCAUUCAGUACUUUGCAACAAUUGCAGCUCUUGGUGGCAAAAAGGACCAAGCGCCGGCAGSUGCUGGAAAAAUCCAGGGCUCCCUUGAGGACCAAAUUGUUGCUGCUAACCCUCUGCUAGAGGCUUAUGGUAAUGCCAAGACUGUGAGGAAUGACAACUCUUCCCGUUUUGGUAAAUUCAUCAGGAUCCACUUUGGUACAAGUGGAAAGCUGGCCUCAGCUGAUAUUGAAACAUAUCUGCUGGAGAAGUCCCGUGUAACCUUCCAGCUGUCUGCUGAGAGGAGCUACCAUAUCUUCUAUCAGCUUAUGACAGGCCACAAGCCUGAGCUCAUUGAUGCUCUGCUGAUYACCACCAACCCCUAUGACUUCCCAAUGAUCAGCCAGGGUGAAAUCACUGUCAAGAGUAUCAAUGAUAUUGAAGAGUUCAUCGCUACAGAUACUGCUAUUGAUAUCUUGGGUUUCACUGCUGAGGAGAAGUUCAACAUCUACAAGCUCACUGGUGCUGUGAUGCAUCAUGGCAACAUGAAGUUCAAGCAGAAGCAGCGUGAGGAGCAGGCUGAACCAGAUGGCACUGAGGUGGCUGAUAAAAUUGCCUACCUCUUUGGUCUGAACUCAGCUGAUAUGCUGAAGGCUCUGUGCUACCCAAGAGUCAAAGUCGGAAAUGAGAUGGUCACCAAAGGUCAGACCGUCCCRCAGGUGAACAACGCUGUCAGCGCUCUGUGCAAGUCUGUCUAUGAGAAAAUGUUCUUGUGGAUGGUCAUCCGUAUCAAUGAGAUGCUGGACACAAAGCAGGCGAGAGCCUUCUUCAUUGGAGUCUUGGAUAUUGCUGGCUUUGAGAUCUUUGAUUUCAACAGCUUGGAGCAGCUCUGCAUCAACUUCACCAAUGAGAAACUGCAACAGUUCUUCAACCACCACAUGUUUGUCCUGGAACAAGAGGAGUACAAGAAGGAAGGCAUUGAGUGGGAGUUCAUUGACUUCGGUAUGGACUUGGCUGCCUGCAUUGAGCUUAUUGAGAAGCCAUUGGGCAUCUUCUCCAUCCUUGAAGAGGAGUGCAUGUUCCCYAAAGCCUCUGAUACAACUUUCAAGAACAAGCUGAUUGAUCAGCAUCUUGGCAAGAACAGGGCCUUUGARAAACCCAAGCCUGGAAAGGGCAAAGCUGAGGCUCACUUCUCCCUGGUUCACUAUGCUGGUACAGUGGACUACAACAUCACUGGCUGGCUGGACAAGAACAAGGAUCCACUGAAUGAUUCAGUGGUUCAGCUGUAUCAGAAGUCUGCAAACAAGUUGAUGUGCUUCCUGUAUGCAGCUCAUGCUUCAGCUGAGGCUGAGGCUGGUGGUGGCAAGAAGGGUGGCAAGAAGAAGGGUGGUUCCUUCCAGACUGUGUCUGCUCUUUUCAGGGAGAACUUGGGCAAGCUGAUGACCAACUUGAGGAGCACUCAUCCUCACUUUGUGCGUUGCCUGAUUCCCAAUGAGUCAAAGACCCCAGGUCUGAUGGAGAACUUCUUGGUCAUCCACCAGCUGAGGUGUAACGGUGUGCUGGAGGGCAUCAGAAUCUGCAGAAAGGGCUUCCCCAGCAGAAUCCUCUACGGUGACUUCAAGCAGAGAUACAAAGUAYUGAAUGCCAGUGUUAUCCCUGAGGGACAGUUUAUUGACAACAAGAAGGCUUCAGAGAAGCUGCUGGGCUCCAUUGAUGUGGACCACACUCAGUACAARUUUGGACACACUAAGGUGUUCUUCAAAGCUGGUCUUCUGGGUACUCUUGAGGAGAUGAGAGAUGAAAAACUGGCUUCAUUGGUUACCAUGACUCAGGCUCUCUGCAGAGGAUAUGUCAUGAGGAAGGAGUUUGUGAAGAUGACGGAGAGGAGAGAUGCCAUCUAUACAAUUCAAUACAAUGUCCGUUCCUUUAUGAAUGUGAAGAACUGGCCAUGGAUGAACCUGUAUUUCAAGAUCAAGCCUCUGCUGAAGAGUGCAGAGACUGAGAAGGAGUUGCAGAAUAUGAAGGAGAACUAUGAAAAGAUGCAGUCAGACCUGGCUACUGCUUUGGCCAAGAAGAAGGAACUGGAGGARAAAAUGGUUUCCUUGCUCCAGGAGAAGAAUGACUUGCAGCUUCAAGUGGCUUCUGAAGUUGAAAAUCUCUCAGAUGCUGAGGAAAGGUGUGAAGGGCUGAUUAAGAGCAAGAUCCAGCUUGAGGCCAAACUCAAGGAGACAACCGAGAGACUGGAGGAUGAAGAGGAAAUCAAUGCUGACCUUCUGAACACCAAGAAGAAGUUGGAAAGUGAUCUGGUCCAGGUUCAGGGUGAGGUGGACGAUGCAGUUCAGGAAGCCAGAAACGCUGAGGACAAGGCCAAAAAGGCUAUCACUGAUGCUGCCAUGAUGGCUGAAGAGCUGAAGAAGGAGCAAGACACUAGCGCUCACCUGGAGAGGAUGAAGAAGAACCUGGAGGUUACAGUCAAGGACCUGCAGCACCGCCUGGAUGAGGCUGAGAACCUCGCCAUGAAGGGCGGCAAGAAGCAGCUCCAGAAACUGGAGCAGAGGGUUCGUGAACUGGAAACUGAAGUUGAAGGUGAGCAGAGACGCGGAGCCGAUGCUGUUAAAGGAGUCCGCAAAUAUGAGAGGAGAGUUAAGGAGCUGACCUACCAGACUGAGGAGGACAAAAAGAAUCUGGCAAGACUUCAGGACCUAGUGGACAAGCUGCAGCUCAAAGUUAAGGCCUACAAGAGACAGGCUGAGGAGGCGGAGGAGCAGGCCAACACCCACAUGUCCAAGCUCAGGAAAGUCCAGCAUGAAAUGGAGGAAGCUCAGGAGCGUGCUGACAUCGCUGAGUCUCAGGUCAACAAGCUCAGAGCCAAGAGCCGUGAUGCUGGAAAGGGCGAUUCUGCUGAAUAAGAGACCAGACCUUCAUAAAGCUUUUUAACAGAGUUCAUAAAAUAUGAACCAACUGUUUAAUUCUUCUUCCACUGUAAUACUUAAAUAAAAACUAAGCACUAUC